AUGAUGACAGCCUUCCGAAUUAUGUUCUUGAUCAUCCUGGCUAUGGCGGUGAUUCCGUCUACGAUCAAAGCAAUGAACCCAAGAAAGCUUGAUGAAACCACCAACCCUGUCGGAACACCGGAUGACCAAAUCAAGUGUGGAAGUUGUCCCUGCGGAACGACUUGUUACACCAGUCCUCCACCACCAUCACCAUCACCGCCGCCACCAUCUCCACCACCACCGCCGAAGAAGAAGCCGCCUCCAUCUUCCGGUGUGAACUGCCCACCACCUCCGUAUAGUGGAGGUGGGGGGUGGAGGUGGAGGUGGAGGUGGAGGUGGGCUAGCCCCGCCCAAUUACAUUUACAUAACUGGUCCACCUGGUGA